UGCACCUGAGUCCUCUCUACUGACACCAUGGGUUGCUCUGGCUGUGGAGGCUGCGGUGGCUGCGGUGGCUGUGGUGGCUGUGGUAGUUGCAACAGCUGCACCACAUGCAGAUGCUACCGGGUCGGCUGCUGCUCCAACUGCUGCCCCUGCUGCCGUGGCUGCUGUGGGGGCUGCUGCAGCACCCCUGUGUGCUGCUGCCGCCGCACCUGCUGCCGCUCCUGUGGCUGUGGCUCCUGUGGCUGUGGCUGUGGGAAGGGCUGCUGCCAGCAGAAAUGUUGUUGCCAGAAGCAGUGCUGCUGCUAGGGGGCCACAAGCCUCUGGGCAGGUGCUGCCAGGACCCUUUCUGUUGAUUAAUCCACCUGUCUGCAGGUGCUGCUGGGAGUUUGCUUGUUCCCCUUGUUAAGGCUUUCUUCCCUCCCAUUCUUUCUGUUGCAGGCUGUCUCCAUGGCACCUGGACUCCAGCACAAUCCUCCUUGAUUCUAACACCCCGUAGUUUUAGUCUUUCCUUCCUUCAUUCCUCCUUCCCUCCCUCCCUCCCUUUUUCUCUCUCUCUCCCCUUCCUUUCUUCCUUCCUUUCCUCCUUCCUCCUUUCUGUCCUUUCCUCCUCCCUUCCUCUCUCUCUUUUAGUACUGGGGAUUAAACCCAGAAGGGUGCUUCACGCAUGAGUUACAUCCUUUGUCUUUUUAAAUUUUGAAAUAGGGUCUCAAUACAUUGCCAAAGGCCUUGCUAUGUUGCUGAGGCUGGCUUUGAAUUUGUGCUCCUCCUGUCUCAGCUUUCUAAGUCUCUGGGAUUGUAGACAUGUGCCAGCAUCUUGACAAUUUUUCUCCCCUUUUAAGGAAAUUAUAUGGGUAUGCCAUGCAAUGCCACCCAAGAACAAAGAUGGAGGAUAUCUUGAUUAUUGAGACCAGCAAAAUGGAAUAAUGGUUUCUACCGUGUUUUCUACUUUUAAUUCUUUUCUAUCUCACAUGAGAUCUUCUUAUGUGUACCAAACUUGACCUCAACUUUCUGUAGUCUUCCUAGACAAAGUCUUAAAAAUUUAUUAAUAAAAUGCAAAAAUAAAAUCUGAACAGUUUCCUUUGGUUUUAUUCUUUAGUUAUUUUCAUUAAACUACCAUUAAUUAUGAUCUUCCAUGAGUUGCAGCCAUCACGGAUGCACAAAUAACUAUGUCCCUGUGUGAUUUAAAAUCCUGUCAUAUACAAAUGACCAAAAAACACAAGGUAAAACAAUAAUGAACAUGGUAAAAAGUCGAUGUUGAUGUGACAUAUAAUGGGCAGGAGGUACUUUGUGUUGGAUGGGGAAUAGGUGUACUUCAAAAGAGCUGAAAUGGUCAUAUAUAAUAAAUUAAAAUUAAAAAAAAUAUUUUAAAAAAGAGCUGGAAUGACUUCAAGAAGGAGAUAAUGUUGUGAUUUGGACUUGAGUUGUCCGCCAUGUGUGAGCUCAUGUGUGAGACAAUGCAAGAAUGUUCAGAGACGAAAUGCUUGGGUUAUGAGAGUUAUAACCGAAUCAGUGGAUUAAUCUGCUGAUAUGGAUCAACCAGGUGGUAACUAUAGGAAGGUAGGAUUGGAAGAGGAUGUAGGUCACUGGGGGCAUGUCUUUGAGGCUUAUAUUUUGUCUCUGCUUCCUAUAGCCAUGUCCUGAGCUGCCUUCCUCCACCAUGUCCUUCCUCCAUGACUUUCAGUCUCACCUUAAGCCCAGAGCUAUGGAGUCAAUCAACCAUGGGCUGACCUUCUGAAACUAUGAGCCCAAAUAAACUUCCUCCUCCGCAUUGUUCUUGUUGGGUCUUUUAGUCACAGUGAAGCCAAAGCUGACUAAAAUAGGUAACAUUUUGGAGUGUGUUUUGCGGAGUUAGAAAUGUUUUGAUAAGUGGAGUUGAUUGAAGACAGAAGUUCCAAAAAGAAGACCAAAACACAAGGAAUGAAGAGUUUAAGACAUACAUGGGAGCUUGCCACCGUAAUUUUGAUGAAAAGCCUAUUACCAUAAAUAGUUAGAAAUAAGCAAGGAAAGGAAGAAUAAGUCUUUGAUUUGGAAGUCUGAUAGUUUAACCACAAUAGCAGCAUCUACGGUCAAAACAAGGAGCAUUCAUGCUGCCCUUAAAAGCCAGGCAUUCUCCUAAAAAACUACAUGUGUCACGUAUCACACGGUAAUGGGAGAACUAUUAUUGUGCCCACUGCAAGGACAGGAAAGAGUACAGAGAGGAAGCAAGUGACUUGCUCAGAGCACACGUCUGCUGCUGCUGGAGCUGGGACACACAGCAGUGGGAUGGGCCUGGGAGGCUGUGGAGAGGGGGUCUAACUGCAGCCGUGUGCAGCAUUGGUUAGU